AUGUCAACUACGAUUGAUAAAGAGAAUUAUAUAGAUUCAUUGAUUUUUAAACAUGUAGAUGCGUCAGAUGUUGAAAGAGCAUUUCAAUUAGAGUCUGAAGGAUAUCCGCCCGAAGAAGCGGCAUCAUUAGAAACCUUACAAUAUCGACAAAAAGUAGCACCAGCAUUAUUCAUGGGUGCAUAUCUUCCAUCAUCAUCAUUAUCCUUACAAUUGAUUGGAUUUAUUGUAUCGACAUCAACGUUAUCGAAAUCAUUAACUCAUGAAUCUAUGUCUUUACACGAACAGGAAGGUAAAACUGUUUGUAUACACUCCGUUUGCGUAGAUAAAAAAUAUAGAAGAGGUGGCGUAGCUACUAAAUUAUUAAAAGAAUAUAUAAAUUCAUUGAAAGGAUCUGGUGAUGUUGGCGAAGAUGUAAAAUAUGAGAGGUGUGCUUUACUAGCUCAUGAAUAUCUAAUUCCUUUAUAUCGAAAUGUUGGAUUUAAAUUAAUGGGGGAAAGUCAAGUCAUUCAUGGGCCCGAGAAAUGGUUUGAUCUAGUUAUGGAGUUUUAA